CAGCAGCGUUUUAACGGAACACCAGGGUGCGCCACAGACGGUAUGAAGCAGCUUUCACUUACCCAACACUGUUGGCUGGUGUGAAGGCGUAGUGUUGAGGGAGGAGUAAAAAAAAAACGUUCUCCUCUAACUGUGACUGGCAGACACACCGAAGAAAAGUCAUAACUGAGACAAUUGUACUAAGUUACAGAGAGGGGGGGUCACAGACCGAGAGAGAGAAAGAGAGAGAGAGAGAGAGAGAGAGAGCGGGCGAUAGAAAAGUAGUGAAAGAGAGUGGUAUUCACAGAGGGAGACUGAAUAGAAAGGUUACUACACAGUAAAAAGGUAGUCAAGGACUCAUCAGUGUCAGUAUCUACUGUACUCUACUGUGCUGUACUCUGCUCCAUCCUCAGAUCAGUGUCUCUUGGUGUUUUCCCAAGCUGAGAGGGAGAUGUCAGUUGUGAACCGGAUCAUGUUCCGCCCACAGCCUAUGGAGACACAGCCCUGUAACCUUCCCUCUCUGCAGCCCCAGACAGAGCCUGUAGACCUGUCCACCAGCCACUCCAGGACCCCGCUGCGCCCCCUGCCAUCGCCUUCGUCAUCUUCCUCUUCGUCACGGCCAUUGCUGUUGUCAUCAUUGUCGCCCUCUGUCAUUAAACCUGUCCUAAAGACAUCAGCUGCCAUGUCAGGGUCUGGCUUGGGUCCGAACUGUGUCAAAGGUUAUCCCCUCGUUGCCCCCAGACCUGCCCCUCUCCUCCAGCCCCGCCCCAUCCCCCAAGCCCCACCCCAUGGCAUCCGCGUGCCCGUGUUGGUGUUGCGCCCCACACCCCUGCCCUGCCGGGUGCCCACAGCGACGCAGCUGCCACCCGGACGUCCGUGUUACCAGAGUGACAGCGAGGAAGACGAGCUGACAAACACAGAGGUGGACGGCGUCCCAGAUAUGGGACAACUUAUAGCCAGAGUGAUGCAACACUCCAUGUUAGCCAGCCAUCUCCCCAGCCUGGGAGUGUGUCAUGUGACCCGCUUAGACUCACCUGACGCCAGGCACAGGGUGCGUGUCCGUGGGCGUGUCCACAGGUGUGAGGUUGAAGGAUGCAACAAGGAAUACACCAAAAGCUCCCACCUCAAAGCCCACCGACGCACGCACACAGGAGAGAAGCCGUAUCGCUGUACAUGGGACGGAUGCCGGUGGUGCUUCGCCCGCUCCGAUGAGUUGACCCGCCACUACAGAAAACACACCGGUGUGAAGCCCUUCAGGUGCGACGACUGUGAGCGCUCCUUCUCCCGUUCAGAUCACCUGGCCCUGCACAGACGCAGACAUGCACCGACCUGAGAACGAAACACACGGACUGAUGAACGUCUGUUUAGAAUAGGCUAGAUGAACUUUUGCACAAAUCAGUGGGCAGUUGGGAUAGAUAUGAAACGAGCCGUGGGUUAAAAAGAUUCAGUGUUAUUUCCUUGGCUUUUAAAUGUGUCAAAAGCUCAUUUAAAUGCUGUUUCAAUUGCUACAUAUCAGUUAAACUGUGAAUAAAAU